AACCACCCGUAGAAAAAACACUUUUCAUUUUCUUUUCUGGUAAUUAUGGAUGUUUUUUAGGAGAAUUUUCUCAAACUAAAUCGUCCGCCAUGGAAGAAGCUCUGUUCCUUCCCUUCACUUUCUGCUCCUGAUCUGGUUGCAUAACUACUCUCUUUUAAAAAAAAACCCAGAAAUUUUCAUCUCUCUCUCUUCCCUGUUUCGAAUCUUACAAGCUCCGGAUCUUUCAGUUUCUCUGUUCUGUACUUUAAGGUACUUGUGGAUACCCAUAUCUCGCAAAAGCUCGAAUCUUCCGUGAUCACCAAGAUUCGGCGGUCUUAGGGUUUUUCUGGGUUUUCCAAAUUUGUGGGAAUCUCCUCGCAGAAUCACUGACCUUAUGUCCGAAUGGAGGAGAGAGAAGGAACCAACAAUAUCGGUUUCGGCCUGAAGCAACAUGGAGCUUCUGAUGGUUACCUCAUGGACCCACCUCCACCUCCACGCCCCGAAAACCCUAGCCUGUUCCCGGGUCCCACCAGCUCCUCCUCCGCCGCAGCCGUGACGGCGACGGAAAACGCGGCUCCUCCGUUCAGCUUAACAAUGCCCGCGGAGAAUCUGUCCUCCGACCCGAAGAAGAGGAGAGGACGACCGAGAAAGUACAAUCCUGAUGGCACACUCGCUGUGACUCUAUCUCCGAUGCCCAUCUCGUCUUCCGUACCGUUGACGGCGGAGUUUCCGCCCCGGAAACAAGGAAGAGGACGAGGAAGAGGAAGAGGAAGAGGAAGAGGAAGGUCCUCUAGAUGGCUCGAGAAGUCUCAGAUGUUCGAAUUCGACAACCCAGAUUCAUCGAACGCCAAAUUUACGUCGGUAGGAAGUGCAGAUUUUCUUGGCGCGAGUUUUACGCCUCAUGUGCUCACUGUUAAUGCCAGUGAGGACGUGACGAUGAAGGUAAUGACAUUCUCGCAGCAAGGUUCUCGUGCUAUCUGCAUUCUCUCAGCAACCGGCCCCAUUUCCAAUGUUACGCUUCGCCAGCCCAUGACUUCCGGUGGCACUCUAACUUACGAGGGUCGUUUCGAGAUUCUCUCUUUGACGGGUUCAUUUAUGCCAAGCGAGAGUGGAGGGACUCGGAGUAGAGCUGGUGGGAUGAGCGUCUCCCUUGCAGGACCCGAUGGUCGUGUAUUCGGUGGAGGACUUGCCGGUCUCUUUAUCGCCGCUGGUCCAGUUCAGGUCGUGGUCGGGAGUUUUAUAGCUGGUCAAGAACAAGAACAACAGCCUCAUCAAAAGAAGCAAAGGAAGCAAAAAUUCGGGGUUCCACCCGCCAUUCCGCCUCCUGCUUCUAUCUCAUUCGGGUCAGCAGAAGAACCGAGGGCAGACUUCGAAAGGCUCAACCCCGUUAUUCCCGCACCGCCCGUCUCAUUCUCACACGAAAACCUCGGCCUAACAAGCGCGAAUCCCGUCUAUAACUACCACACGAACUCAGCUAACCACGUCAAAGACUUGUUCGAUUCUCUCCCAGAAGAAGAAGAAGAAGAAGAAGAAGAGGAAGAAGAAGCUGGAGAAGAAGACGACUAUGGAGGUGAUAGCCAAUCUGACACAGAAGUUCCCAGCUGAAGAGUUGAUCUUUGCUUUGUUGUUCGGAUCAGACCAAUGGGUUAUAAAGAACCGAUCUUGAAUCCUUAGUUGUUUUUUUGCCAGAUUUUUAGGUUUCGGUUCCAGAAUUCAUCUGAUUUCUCUCUUUAAGAUGAAAGAUUUGUAUUAGAGGAUGUAAUCUUUAGGUUCUUUCGUGUUUGCUGCUGCUGUAGGACUCCAUGUAACGAUGAAAAAAGGGACCCUGUGAGUGAAUGAAGAUGACCAACUCUUUUACAUUGCUUUC